AUGUUCGACAGCCUCGACAGCUUUGGCGUUAUCGUCAUUCUCCUAAGUGCGUUCUCGGUGUGUCUUCGAUCAAAUUUCUCGGCCCUCAUGUCGACUCUGAAGGGUUGCGUCUCCCUGUCCUCCAAGGCUGAAGCAAUCUGUGAUUUGCCUCCACCGAUUUCUAAGCGUCAGUUGCAGCGAUUCCUCGGCAUUGUCAAUUUUUACCGCCGGCUCCUAUUAAACUGUGCUGACCUCAUACUGCUGCUCACCACCACGCAUUCUGGUCCCAAAGGCCGUCUCGGACUGACUGAUGAGGCACUGAUGGCUUUAGAUAAAAUCAAGAAUUUGCUUUCUGACGCCACCUUGCUCGCGCAUCCCGCUCCCGAAGCGCAGCUGUCCUGA